AUGAAUUCUUUUUGCUUAUCUCUUCCUUUUUCUUUUUCUCUUUCUUUUUCUCUUGCUCUUUCUUCUCUUUCUAUCUUACCUUUUCUGUCUAUCUUUCCUUUGCCGAAUGGCUUCUCCUUUCUCCUUAUCUUUCCUUUUCUCUCUUCUGUUUUCUUUUUAUCUAUCUCUUCUGUCUAUCUUGCCUUUUCUCUUUCUUUCCAUAUUUCUUUAUUUUUCCUUUUCUUUCAUUCAUUUUUCUCUUUAUCUAUCUAUAAUUUUUAUCUUGCCUUGUCUCUCUAUCUUUCUUUGUCUCUUUAUCUUGCCUUGUCUCUUCCUUUUCUCUUUAUCUAUCUCUUCUCUCUCUCUCUCUUUCUCUCGCUUGCCUUUUCUCUCUAUCUUUCUUUAUCUUUUUAUCCUUUUUUUUCUGGUUUCUUUUCUCAUUAUCUAUCUCUUCUGUUUGUCUUGCCCCUUCUCUCUCUUUCUAUAUUUCUCUUUAUCUUUGCUUUUUUUCCUCUUUCCUUUUCUCUUUAUCUAUCCCUCCUUUCUCUCUCUCUCUCUCUCUUGCCUUUUCUCUUUAUCUUUCUUGAUCUCCUUAUCUUUCCUCAUCUCUUUAUCUCUCCUUAUCUCUUUCUUUUCACUUUGUCUACCUCUACUUUCUAUCUUACCUUUUCUCUCUCUAUUUCAUUAUACCUUUCCCUUUGUUUUUCUGUUUCCUUUUCUCAUUAUUUAUCUCUUCUGUUUAACUUGCCUUUUCUCUCUCUCUUUUCAUAUUUCACUUUAUCUUUGCUUUUCCCUCUUUCCUUUUCUCUUUAUCUAUCUCUUCAUUCUCUCUCUCUCUUGCCUUUUCUCUCUAUCUUUCUUUAUCUUUUUAACUUUCUUCAUCUCUUUACCUUUCCUUUUCUAUCUAGCCUUUUCUCUUUAUUUACCUCUAUUAUAUUUACUUUUACCAUCUAUUUAUAUCUGUCUCUUCUAUCUAUAUUUAUCUCUUCUUACCUUUUCUCUCUAACUUUUCUCAUCUCUUUAUCUUUGCUUUUCUUUUCAUCGUUAUCUUCCUUCUAUCUCCCCUUUUCUGUUUAUCGUUUCUUUUUCCUUUGUCUUUCCUUUCUUUCCUUCCACUCUUCCGGCUUCCGAAUCUCCUCCCUUUAUUUAUAA